CAACAAUGAAUAAUUCAUGCCACCAACCGCAGGCUGCACGGAAUCAUCACCGGCAUACAAGCGCACGCAAAGGUACAGCGCAGGCCAACGCAGACACCACGAGCUCGAAGCAUCCAGCCUCCGCUAUUGCAGGACCAUGGCUCCGCGCGCAUUGCUCUACCCGGGCCUCCUCUGCCUCCUCGCCGUGCUGGCCAGCGGCGCCGCCGCCGCCGAACCUCACUCGCAGUGCACGGACAACCCGCCGGACCUCACCGCCGGCGGCAACGAGACCGGCGCGGUCGUCGACGACCUGGCCGGCUUCAAGGCCUACGUCACCGGCGACGCCAAAUCCCACAGGGCCGUCGUCCUGGCCUCCGAUUUCUACGGAUUCCAAGCGCCAUUGUUGAGGAAAAUUGCCGACAAAGUCGGUGAAGCUGGAUACUACGUUGUGGUGCCCGACUUCUUCAAUGGACAACCUUAUACGGACGGGGCAAACAGAACAGAAUGGUUCCUGGCCCACUCUCCGGUAAAAGCCGCUCAAGAUGCUAAACCAAUCUUCGCAGCAUUGAAGAAGGAGAAGAGGUCUUAUGUUGGAGUUGGGGGCUAUUGUUGGGGCGGGAAAUUUGCGGUGGAGGUGGCGAAAACAAACGAGGUAGAAGCAAUUGUCAUCUCACAUCCUUCAGCAGUCACCACUGACGAUAUGAAAGAGAUCAAGUCCCCCAUAGAGAUUCUUGGAGCUGAGAAUGACGCCGUUACGCCACCAGCAUUAGUAGAUCAGCUUGUGGAGACCUUGCAUCAAAGAAAUCAGAUCCAAUACUAUGCAAAGAUCUUUCCAGAAGUUGCCCAUGGCUUCGCUUGCAGAUACAAUGUUACCAACCCGUUCGCAGUCAAGACCGCUGAACAGGCUCUUGGCUUAAUGCUCGGCUGGUUCCACAAAUACUUGAAAUGAGAACACCUCCUCAAGCAAGCCAUGUACAAUUUGUACAUCCAAAUAUAUUUUUCUUGCAUUCGUGUGUAAGCUUACAUAAUGAGAUAUGCAAAUAAUUUGGCUACAAUAUGUGUGCUUUACCUUGUAAUCUCUUCACAUUGCUAUGCCGUUUAUCCAAAAUAAUGCCCGGGACUUGAGCUUGUCUGAAAUAAUGAAAAAAUAGGAUGAUUAUAUUUGCUACAUAUUCA